GUAAACUAUGACCUUGAGAGGGCGCGUACGUCAAGUCUACUCCAAAAGUCAGGAGUUUCAUAGCUGUGCUCUCAGAGCAAGAUUUGGAAGAAGAAUAAAAGAGAAAUAGAUGAUGGAUUAAGGAUUUCCUAGUAUGUCGUAGACAGAAAUCAAGAAUAAAUUCCAAGUGCUCCAUCUGGAGACUAGUACUUAGUGGGGUAUUCCAAGGUUCAGUUCUAGGUCCUUUUUAUAAUGUUAAUGAUCUUCCAAGUAUAGUAGUAUCCAGUGUUAUUAUAUGCUGGAAGGUAAGUCAAGGUUGGCACAGGGGACGGCAAACCUCUAGAAUGUGUGGUCACUAUAGAUUAACAUUGAAUUCCCGUUUGUUGAAGCAAACGUGCACGACGGUAGAGGCUGAAGAUGUUCUAAAUCGACUUCAUGAUUGCAAAGUGUUCUCGAAAGUUGACCUAAAAGAUGCUCAUCUUCAAAUCCCUUUAGAUCAAUCUUCAUCUAUUUUGACUACAGUUAACACUCCUUUUGGUCUGUUCAAAUACAAUUUCCUUCCAUUUGGUCUAAGUUGUUCUCCAGCCAUAUUUCAGGAAGUUAUGAAUAAAAUAGUUAGUGGUAUUGGAGGUGUUGUAGUUUAUCAAGAUGAUCUCAUUGUUCAUGGCUCUAAUAAGGAAGUUCAUGAUCAGAGACUUAUUGCUUUAUUGCGUCGUCUAAUUGAGAAGAAUAUUACAGUGAAUCCAAAUAAGUGUUCAUUUUGUGUAUCUAGUUUCGAAUGCCUUGGAUACCUAGUUGAUGGUUAUGAUUUUAGACCAGAUAUGAAACGACUAGCUCCACUGACUAAUGCACCGUCUCCAAAAAUCUUACGGAAUUACGUUCACUAGUGAGUGCUCUUCAAUACUAUUCCCGUUUUAUUCCUAAUUUUUCUUGUCGUGCAAAUUGUUUAUUUAAUAUUUUCACAUCCAAUUCAUUGAAAUGGAGUGAGGAACAAGUGUCAUGCUUACGAAGUCUACUAACGUUUCUUCAAAGUGAUGCUGUUCUUCGAACUUACUCCCACAGUGUGUAUUCUGUGCUCAUUACUGAUGCAUCACCGGUGGGUGUUGGUGCAGUUUUGGAACAGGAAGGUAGACCAGUUAUUUGUGUUUCACGCAAACUUACUGUUACUGGAAAAAGUUAUUCACAAACUCAGCGAG